GUUGCGCAUCCGACGCGUGUGCCGGACCCGUGACAAAUAAAUCUUCCUGUGUGCAGUGCAGUGCAGUGGCAGGUGUGGCAGCAGCAGCAGCAGCAGCAGCAGCAGCAGGAUGAGUGCUUCAGGGAAGAGUCUACUCGGCCUGUGGCUCUACAGGAGCGGCGAACAGGAGUGGGCCGUCAAGCAGGGCAGUCCCUUGCAUCAAAUCAAAAAGGAAACCACCGCCAAGUCGCAUGCAAGUCUCUCGCGGCACGCAUCGGCCCCAGGCGACAAUUUUCUAUGUUUUUCGCCUACUCACAAGCAGGAUCGGCACGGUGUGGAGCCGCCACAUCCGCCCAGACUGGCCAUCGGCGGCCCAGUGGAUGCGCCACGGCAGCACUCGCCGGGCGAGCGCAUUUCCAUCAUUUUCACGCUACGCAAUCAGGUGGGAAAUCUCGCGCGGGCACUGCAGGUCUUCCAGGAGCUGGGCAUCAAUGUGCUGCACCUGGAGCUGUCGCCGCUGGAGUCGGCCACCAAUCAGGCGGAUGUGCUGGUGGAUGUCGAGUGCGAUCCCCGUCGCCUGGAUCAGGUGGUGAAGAUGCUCAAUCGGGAGGUGGCAUCCGUUAGCUAUACGUCCGUGAAUGCCAGCAGUCACAUGUCGCGUGCUCCGUCGCUCUCCGCUUGCUCCAGUUUUGAUUUCGGUGACAUGGUGUGGUUCCCACGGAAGAUAUCCGACCUGGACAGGGCACAGAAUGUGCUCAUGUAUGGCUCCGAUUUGGAUGCGGACCAUCCGGGCUUCAAGGAUCCGGUGUACCGCAAGCGACGCGAACAGUUCUCGGCCAUAGCCAACAAUUUCAAGCAUGGCAAUCCCAUUCCACGCGUCCAGUACACACCUGAAGAAGUGAAAACUUGGGGCACCGUUUUCCUUGAGCUGCAUCGCCUGUACGUGCUGCAUGCCGUGCCCGAGUACAUGGAGAACUGGCCGGAGCUGGUCAAGUACUGUGGCUACCGCGAGGACAAUGUGCCCCAGCUGCAGGAUGUGAGUGUGUACCUCAAGCGCAAGACGGGCUUCCAGCUGCGACCCGUCGCCGGUUACCUCUCGCCGCGCGACUUUCUCUCGGGCCUCGCAUUUCGCAUCUUCCACUGCACGCAGUACAUCAGGCACUCCUCGGAUCCAUUCUACACGCCCGAGCCCGAUUGCUGCCACGAGCUGUUGGGCCACAUGCCGCUGCUGGCCAACUCCAGCUUUGCGCAGUUCUCACAGGAGAUCGGCUUGGCCUCCUUGGGCGCCAGCGAUGCCGACAUUGAGAAGCUGGCAACGCUCUACUUCUUUACGGUGGAAUUCGGGCUGUGCAAGCAGGCGGACAGCAGCUUCAAGGUCUAUGGGGCAGGCCUGUUGAGCUCUGUGGCCGAGUUGCAGCAUGCCAUCACCGCUGGACCCAAGAUAAAGAAAUUCGAUCCGGAGUUGACCUGCAAGGAGGAGUGCAUCAUCACCUCCUAUCAGAAUGCCUACUACUACACGGAUUCCUUUGAGGAGGCCAAAGAGCAAAUGAGGGCAUUUGCCGAGAGCAUUCAACGUCCGUUUGGUGUGCGCUACAAUCCGUAUACGAUGAGCGUGGAGGUGCUCUCCAAUGCCCAGAAGAUCACAGCGGUGGUGAGUGAACUAAAGGGGGAUCUGAGCAUUGUGUGCGCUGCUCUGCGCAAGAUAUCGGCCACCGAUGACAAUCUGGAUGUGGAAUGCAUAGCCAAUAUGCUGCACAAUAGCCUCAAUGUGCGCGGAGGAGGAGGAGGAGGUGCAGGUGCAGCAGCUGGCAGCAAAUCCAACAGUCCCGACAAUUCGGAUAAUUCCACGGCAGAGGAAAACUAAACGAAACGGAAAAGGCACCACGGCAAAAGCGGAAUAUUUGGGACCAACUAUACAAUACAAUCUACAACCAAUAAAUAUCGUACCUAUAUAUAGUAUAUAUCGUCUAUAUCGCAUAUAUAUGUAUAUCUCUUCUUUGUCUAUAACUAAUUGUUGUGUGUUUAUUUAACCGAAACUUAAAUCUAUCUACGAGUAAACUUAAAAAUAA